AUGCCUUCCAUCAAGCGGCAAGCAUCGGACAGCUUCAGUGGUCCCAAUCAAGCCCUGGUCAAGCGCCAAAAAUCGAAUUCGGAUCUGAAAGAGAAUGGCGCGUUGACGACCACUGCGAAGGGCAAAGCCCGAGAUGGUACGCUCAUCCAAUCGAUACCCAGGACGACCAGCCUACAAGCACCGAUACUCGAGUUAACGGGACAUUCUGGCGAAGUGUUCGCUGCUCGGUUUUCUAGAGAUGGCCAACAUAUUGCCUCUGGCUCCAAGGAUCGCAGCAUCAUGCUAUGGAAUACAUAUGGGCAGUGCGACAACUACGGCACGCUCACAGGCCAUAAAGGCGCAGUCCUUGACCUACACUGGUCGAGAGACUCUCAAAUACUGUAUUCGGCAUCAGCAGACAUGACAAUCGCAAGCUGGGAUCUCGAGACCGGACUUCGAAUUCGGCGGCACGAAGGCCAUGAAGAAAUCAUAAAUUGCAUAGACAUCGCGAGAAGAGGCAACGAGCUGAUACUAAGCGGAAGCGAUGACGGCUGUAUAGGAAUUUGGGAUCCCCGACAGAAGGCCGCGGUUGACUAUAUCGAGACCGAAUUCCCCAUCACUGCUGUUGCACUCGCCGAGCAAGGGCACGAAAUAUAUUCCGGCGGCAUUGAUAACGACAUCAAAGUGUGGGACGCACGCAAGAAAGAAGUCAUCUAUUCUCUCAGGGGCCAUACUGAGACCAUAACAUCUCUCGAAGUAUCGCCGGACUCACAGACGCUGCUUUCGAACUCGCACGAUUCGACUGUGCGGACGUGGGACAUCCGACCGUUCGCUCCUCAAGAUCGAGCAAUACAGACGUACGAUGGAGCGUCUGCUUCCUACGACAAAAACCUCAUCCGGGCAAGUUGGGCGCCGAAAGGGGACAGGAUAUGCGCCGGAUCGGGUGAUAGAUCAGUAGUGGUCUGGGAUACUCGAACAGCGAAAUUGCUGUACAAGCUGCCUGGACACAAAGGCACAGUGAACGAUGUUCGCUUCUCCCCGGAUGGCGAGCCGAUCAUCGUCUCAGCUUCGACAGAUCGCAAUAUCGUUCUGGGAGAGCUUGGCAGGUGA